AUGGCCCAGCCUUAUGACAGCGCCACCCGACAUGGCCCUCAGGAUAUUGAAGGACUACCUUCUUCGGUCAAUGUAUAUCACUACAACAGUAUGGACGACUUUUGUCGGGUCAUCUCACUUGAGCGUAGUCGUCUCUAUAGCUCUUUCCGCGCUGCACAGGGGAAUUACGAAGGACGCCAGGACAAUCUGCCACAGACGGAAGGCACCCAGAGCGAUCACAUUAUCUUCAUCAUUCAACCUUCGACUUUUGCACAUGACUUCCUUGAUCCAUUAGCAGAUCUUCCCUUUCGUGGUAGGAUAUCCUUCAAUCCAAAAACGAACCUCCUUGUCGUGAAGAUGCUCCUCCCAGCGCACGAGCAAGCCGCAGGGGCUUUUGAUGAUACGCUCAAAUCGAUCCUCCAGGAAAGGGGCCUACAAAACACGAUUUUCUCAUGGAGAUCGUCGACAUUGACUGCUGAAGAUGGCACAAGGAAGGAACCAGACGAUGGAUGGGGUCCACGAAGAACUCCCCGCGGAGCUCCUAAGAGACCCUCGGUGGUUCUAGAAAUCGGAUCGUCAGAGACUCCUGGAAAACUUCGCGGCGGUUGCCACUACUGGGUAGAUCCAGCAAGAGGGCAGGCCAACAUGGCUUUCGGAGUAAAGAUCCAUGUAAACAUUCCUAAAAUCACUAUCGAGCAGUGGGAGUGGAACUCGGAGGUCUCCCGACCCAUCAGAAAACAAUACCUCACGAUCACGAAAUCGAGAUCCGAUGGGAAAGUCCGCUUUGAUCCCGAGCAGCCUGCACCACAGCUCCUCAUCCCCUUCCACCUUCUAUUCCGACGAUCAGCGGAGAAUAACAGAGAACGUGACAUAGUGUUUAGGACACAAGACCUCGUCGAGUUCGGAACUUUGGUGUGGGACAUGCAAUUCGAGAAUGAGUCAGAAUAA